AAGUUAAUGACUAAAAUCAGACUUUUUCCAAAAUAGAAUAUGGUUGAAAUCUAAAAGUUAUAGUUUCUAGUAAACAAAGCGUGAAUUAGGACAGAAUAACUUGUUGUAGUAAACUUUCAUUUACCUUUAUUUAGGAUUUUAGGAAAUACCUCCACUUUGCCUUCUUUCAGAAAUUUGUCUAAAUGUAGCUUCUAACAGUUAACAACAACAAAAAGAUCUAAGUUAAGAAAAAUAUAUUAAUGAGUAAUUGUGACUGUUAUCCACAGUUUUCUUGCAACAUAAAUAUAGUGUAGCAAACAGAAAUGACUAAGAAGAUACUUGUUACUUCAAGAAGUUUACAAGCUAGCAGAAUAGACAGACUUGUAAAUAAUUUAAGCAAAAUGAAAAAGGUUGAAAAAAGUGUGUUAAGAGUACACAGUAAAUGCCAAUAGAAUAUGGUCUUCUGGCUCUUAUUGUGUUUAUUGUAGUGCUUGCUCACCUUUAUUUCCCAUUUUAAUCUUCAGACUGGUAUAGAAUGUACUGAUUAUGCUAAAUAAAUGCAGAACUCAUGAACUGAAGCACCUGUUGAUUAACGUGCCAAUUUUAAUUUAAUUUGAAAAUGAGUAAAUGCAGAAGGCUGCCACUGGGUUCAAGUCCAGAGACAUUCAGCCCAGAUGUUCUUGCUGAUAUUUUUGAACUCUUUGCCAAGAAAUUUUCUUAUGACAAGCCACUUCAUCAUGAGUGGCAGUUACCAGAUCCCAGUGAGAUUUUCACCUGUGACCACGUGGAAUUCAGUGCAUUUCUUGAUUUGAAGAACUCCCUAAAUGAAGUAAAAAACCUACUGAGUGAUAAGAAACUGGAUGAGUGGCAUGAGCACACAGCUUUCACUAAUAAAGCUGGGAAAAUAAUCUCUCACGUGAGAAAAUCUGUGAAUGCUGAACUUUGUACUCAAGCAUGGUGUAAGUUUCAUGAAAUUUUGUGCAGCUUUCCACUUAUUCCACAGGAAGCUUUUGAGAAUGGAAAGCUGAAUUCUCUACACCUUUGUGAAGCUCCUGGAGCUUUUAUAGCUAGUCUCAAUCACUACUUAAGAUCCCAUCGAUUCCCCUGUGAUUGGAGUUGGGUAGCUAAUACUCUGAAUCCAUACCAUGAAGCAAAUGAUAAUCUUAUGAUGAUUAUGGAUGACCGACUCAUUGCCAAUACCUUGCAUUGCUGGUACUUUGGUCCAGAUAACACUGGUGAUAUCAUGGCCUUGAAAUAUCUGACUGAACUUCAGAAUUUCGUAAACAGCAUGACUCCCAUUCACUUGAUCACUGCAGAUGGAAGUUUUGAUUGCCAGGGAAAUCCAGGUGAACAAGAAGCUUUAGUCUCUUCUUUGCAUUACUGUGAAGCUGUCACUGCUCUGAUGACUCUUGGAAAUGGUGGCUCUUUUGUUCUGAAGAUGUUUACUAUGUUUGAACAUUGUUCCAUAAACCUGAUGUACCUGUUGAACUGUUCUUUUGACCAAGUCCAUGUUUUCAAACCUGCUACCAGCAAGGCAGGAAACUCAGAAGUCUAUGUGGUAUGUCUCUACUAUAAGGGAAGAGACGAAAUCUAUCCUCUUUUAUCUAAGAUGGUGCUGAAUUUUGGGUCUGAAAUGACCAGGAAAGCUCUCUUUCCCCAUCACAUGAUUCCUGAAUCGUUUCUUAAAAAGCAUGAACAGUGUUGCGUGUUCUUUCAUAAAUACCAGCUAGAGACUAUUUCUGAGAACAUUCGUCUGUUUGAGUGCAUGGGAAAAGGGGAACAAGCAAAGCUGAAUAGUUUAAGGGACUAUGCUGUUCAGUAUUUCAUGCAGAAGUUUCAAUUGAAACCUCUUUCCAGAAAUAACUGGUUAGUGAAAAAAUCUAAUAUUGGUUGUAGUACAAAUACAAAAUGGUUUGGGCAGAGGAACAGAUACUUUAAAACCUACAAUGAAAGGAAAAUGCUGGAAACCCUUUCAUGGAAGGAUAAGGUGGCCAAAGGGUACUUUAAUAGUUGGGCUGAAGAACAUGCUGCAUAUCAUCCUGGGCAGAGUUCUCUUUUAGAAGGGCCAGCUUCCAAUCUUGAGUGUCACUUAUGGCAGAUUUUACAGGGAAAGAAACUGCCAAGGGUAAAGUGUUCUCCUUUCUGUGAUGGUGAGAUUUUAAAGGCUCUGAAUGAAGCAGUUGAAAAGUCAUUAGGAGGAGCCUUGAAUUUGGAUUCCAAGUGUAGGCCAAAACAGCAGUGUUGUUGUUCUUGUCACACUUUUUCUGAAGAAUUGAUAUUUUCUGAGUUGCUUAGCCUUACCAAGUGCCUUCGGGAUGAGCAGGAUGUAGAACCCAGCAACCAAGUAAAGUGCCUGCUUGUGGGCUUUCCAGCUCUCUGUGAUAUCAAAACGCAUAUACCAUGGGAAGUUCGACUCUUGGAAUCAGCUGAGCUCAUGGCUUUUAGCUGCUCGUUGCUUCAUGAUGGAGACCCAAGUUACCAGCAGUUAUUUUUGGACUGCCUUCUACAUUCACUGCAGCAGCUUCAUACAGGAGAUAUUAUGAUUUUGCCCAUACUUUCUUGUUUUACAAGAUUUAUGGCUGGUUUGAUCUUUGUACUCCACAGCUGUUUUAGGUUCAUCACGUUUUCUUGUCCCACAUCUUCUGAGCCCCUGAAGACUUGUGCAGUCCUGCUUUGUGUUGGUUAUCAGGACCUUCCAAACCCAGUUUUCCAGUAUCUGCAGAAUGUGAAUGAAUUGUUGAGUGCUUUGAUUAACUCUGAUGCACCCCAGCAGGUUUUACAGUUUGUGCCAAUGGAGGUGCUCCUUAAGGGCACAUUACUUGAUUUUUUGUGGGAUGUGAAUGCUGCCAUUGCUAAAAGGCAUUUACAUUUGAUUAUUCAAGGAGAGAGAGAAGAAAUCAGCAGCCUUCAGUUGUAAAGUUGAACAUCCUUUCUGAGAUUUAACUUUCUGGGCUUCUUACAGUUUCCAUUGUUAUUGCAUCCCUUUGCUAUUAAUUUAAAACCUUUUAUUUUGAGGAAAGGCCAACUUUUGCAUCAUUUAAAGUCUCAUUAUUUCUGGAAAGCCAUCAGCUAGUUCUGAUCUCUGGGGUAUAUACACUCACAGACAGAAUUUUCUUUGUGGUAGAAUAUAUGCAGUAAUGAUAUUCAACCUCAAACAUGAGAAGUGUGUAUGUGCUUGGGGUGAACACACACGUGCUUGCAUAUGCAGUUUAGUUGGUCUUAUUUAUCUGCUUAAGAUUUGCACCUGUGUGCCUUCAUUCAGAUUAGAUUUUUUUCCAACUAAUUUUCCCUCAAUGGCUAAUACUGUUAAUGAAUUGAUAGAGGUCUUUGAUGAAAGGAGGUGAGCCAGUCCUCAGCAACACUGAUUUCCUUUAAUAGUGACCAUGUCAGUUAUGGAUUUGGGGAACUCACCAUGCCAGACAUCUUGAUAUGUGCCAUUCAUGGCCCUUAGGCCAUCGAUCCAAUUAUAAAUAUUUUACUAACCACUACCAUCCAACUAGAAAGGAUAUCAGGACAGCUUUGAACCAAAGGUCAUGUUUAAAACAAUGGAAAAUUAUUGUGUCUAAAACACUCCUAUGUGAGUGAAAAGUUUCACUUAGCAAUGGUGUGGUAAUUUUUAACUUCGAGGAAAUUUGUGAACAAAAAGACUUUUUUUUAAUUGCAAAAUAAUGUUUAUAGUCUCAUACUGGGGACAUAUGACUGUGAUGACUGGAAAUCCUGAAGAGAAGUUUUAACACUUUCAGAAUGAUGGUACAACAGUAAAAAUUUUUAAAUCUUCACUGAUUCUUUUUUCAGUAUGAAAGUAGCACUUUACCAAAAGAUUAACCAUGAGAUGGUUGUCACUUAUGUUUGAUUUCUUUUGAGUUAUAUGUAUUUGUCAGUAUAAAUGGGCUAUUCUGGCCAAGUGUAUUAAGCAGAUCUUCAUUACUUUGAAAUUCCACAAAGUGAAGAAUAUUUGUAUUCUCAUGUGCAUUUUAGACAUAUUUGUUAGUUAUAUGAAAAAUAAAUGUGUUCUUUGACGUAUUUGGUUGAUAAAUAUUAAUCUGAAUUUUUUCAUGUUCUUUGUUAUUUUGAGUUCCAUUAUAGAUUCAUGAAUAAAGUCAUU